AUAUCUUCGCCGCUCCGGAGACCUUUGUGUUUCUCCAGCUUUCUCCAGCUUUGGCUCUACCACGGGCAUCUUCCGAAAUGGAAGACUCCAACAUGCUUAUUACUCAAGAGGUAGAAUUGCGGGUCAGUCCAGAUCAUCAGUCACGUUCUGCUGAGCGGCAUUUCACCCCGAAUCCUUACUAUGUAAGCGCGGCAUUUCCCGCCUGUGUGGCUACACCGCUUCGAUUCCAGUAACAAGUUCAACGACACGAACGGAGGACGGCCAGUCCUGCUAUUGCAACUUAUGGAGAGGGGCACAGCGGGGAGACAGCCAAUCGCCAAAUCAGGCAACCCUUCGGCGAAGGCGACACAUGCUGACAAUAAUGGACGGAUCACAGAAAGCCCGGCAUAUGGGCAAAUGGGUCUGCUUUCUCUCUCUCCUGUGGUACUCUCGACUACACCAUACGAGUAUACCGACGGUUGCUGCGAUGCCCUCCCUAUUGCGACAGCGGCGCAGCCAAUAUCCCAAUCUGGACACAGGAGAGAACUACAUAGCACAUACUACUUCUUUAGUAUACAGCAGUGAUGAAAGGCUCGGGUAAUAACUAAAGCGACGUCAAUUCAGCCAAACGCGGCGCUG